UAAAUGACAGCAAGAUUUAAUGGCUGCAAAAUACAGGAAAGACUUGUAUGCUUAAUAACAAAAUCAAAAUCAAACAGUGCACCAACCACACACAACAACAACAACAAUAUGAACAAAAAAGAUCCCAUAUCGAUGAUCUUUCACGAUUCCUGUCUGCGCAUGUCCGAUGUGCACCUGUUGCAAGGACCCUUCUGGCUGAGUGAUCAGAUAUUGAGCUUCUACUAUGAGUACUUGUCGCAUGUGAAGUACAAGAACAACAAGGAUGUCUAUUUUAUAGCGCCCGAGGUGACGCAAUGCAUGAAAUACAUGGAUGAUUCCGAGCUGGAGUUGCUCUUCGAGAAACAGAAUGCGUAUCGCAAACGAUUCAUGUUCUUCGCACUGAAUGACAAUGAGUCCUCGUCAGAGGGUGGCACACAUUGGUCACUCCUCGUGCUGUCGCUGCCACAGCAAACGUUCUUUCACUUCGAUUCGUGUGGCAAUAGCAAUGUGCGUGCUUCGAGGCGGCUGAUGAACAAGGUGAAAUAUGGUUUGGGCAUGCAACAGACGCGCUUCCGUGCAAUGAACUGUCUGCAGCAGGCCAAUGGCUUCGAUUGUGGCAUCCAUGUCAUCUGCACGACAGAUCACAUUGUCGAUCAUCUGAAUCGCUAUGGUUUCCUCGAGGGAUUGCCCACGUUACCCGUGGAGCUGGUGAUGGGCAAGCGGUCUGAGCUGCUCAAUCUGAUCUUGUUCCUGGGCGGCAAAAUCUAAUCGAAACCUGUUUGAUGUGCUUGUUAUAGUUGCAGGGUUAAUCGAUAAAAACACAAAAAAUAAAUAGUCAAGUCUGCCUCAAUCCUCCACCAUA